AUGCUUUCCCGCCUGUUCUUCGUAGGGCUCUUUGCCAGCUGCCUGGUUAAACCCAACACCGCGGUCUACUCCUUCUCUGGUUCCGUUGGUGGUGGUGGGAUUCCCUUUACCUCACCAGCAAAGGGAAGGAUCACAUGGAUCAGGGUCUGGGAAAUCCCAUCUGCCUACAUCACUGGUAUCCAGCUGCGCCAUCAAUACAUUUGGUCUAAAGUAUUUGGACGAGCAUAUGGCCCAGUGCUUGAGAUGUCACUUUUUGAUGGAGAGGGCAUUGUUCAGGUCUCUGGUAAAUACCACAGCAAUUACAUCUAUCAGCUGAUAUUCAUCACCUCCAGAGGGCGAUCCCUGACAGCUGGCCAGCCUGCUCUGAAAUCCUUCAACUUCUACCCGACUCACCCGGAAUCAGAGCUGCGAAUGCUGAGCGGCCACCAUAACGGCCAUGGGAUCACCUCACUGGGAGCUCACUGGGCAACUGGGCUCAAUAGCACUAGCGAAUAA